CUAGGUCCCGCGGGGGGGGGGGAGUACCCAAUCCGCGCCCUGUUUCUCCUCGGAGUCCGAGGAGGAGAAGGAAGGAAGAAGCAUGGCGCAGCUUCGCCCACCCAUCAAUCGGGCCCUCUACGUUUCCUCCUCUUGCAAACCUCUCCUCUGCUUAAACCCAAACCCAAACCCUAAGUGGCAAAAUCUGCAGCAUGAACUGAAAAUCAGAAGCAGAUUCUCCUGCCUUUUCGCAGAUAACCGCAGGCAGGAACAAGCUAGAAAAGCAUUAGAGAGUGCUCUUGGUGGAAAGAAAUCCGAGUUUGAGAAAUGGAACAAGGAAAUUAAGAAGAGAGAGGAAGUGGGUGGUGGGGGCAAUGCCGGUGGGGGAGGGUGGUUUGGAGGCGGUGGACGGUUCGGAGGGUCCAACGGGGAGCAUUUCUGGAAGGAGGCACAACAAGCAAGCCUAGCUGUUAUUGGAAUUAUUCUUGUGUAUCUUCUGAUUGCUAAGGGCAAUAUAAUGCUUGCUGUUGUCUUCAACUCAUUGCUAUUUGUACUGCGAAGGGCAAGGAGUGGGUUUACAUUCAUAACAUCUCACAUGUCAGGAAAGCUGCCUCAGUCAAGUGCUGUUUCCUACGAUUCAAUAAGCACAGCAGAUGAAACCAAAAUGUCAUUGGCCAAAGAGAGUGUGGUAAGAAAAUGGGGAAUAGACUGAUGAUAUCUGCUCUCUUCUUCUUCUUCUGCUUCUUUUUUUUUUUU